AUGGCACCUUUUUCUUUUAUAAAAACAUCCACAUUAAUCUUUGCAUACCUAUUCUUAUUGUAUCAAACCAAUUAUCACCACCAGGUGAGUGCAUUAAGCACAUUAAACCAUUAUGAUGAUGUAUCGGAUGGAAGCGGUUUAUAUUCAUCAGAGGAAGAUAUAAAUAAUGGAAGUGAUCGUUUGAAGACAGUACAAGGAAAUGGAACAAAUGUUCCAACAACAUCACAUCGAGAGAAUGAGUUGGACGACAAUGAUGUGAGCACAUUGCUCGGUUCAAUAGACAACGAAUUGUUAGAACAUACACUAUCAGGACGAACACCCUCUUCAGCGAAAAGAAGAGAAAAUAGUUCUAAAGGACUUGGAACAAAAAUAAAAGAAUGUUGUAAAAAAUUAAAAUAUUCUAAAAAUAGGAAGAAAAUGUUUCUAAUUCUUAUAUUAGUGAGUUCAGUUUUCCACUCGUUAGCUCUUUGCUACACUUUUCCGGCGGCCUAUCUCUUAAAUUUUGUAGGUUUCAGUCAUAAUAGUAUCCCAAUGACGUUCUAUAUAUGGUGCAUUGCCUUCCCCGCAAUUAUUGGAUUAAUCUACUUUGGCAUAUUAUUCUGGUUUUAUCGUUCCAAAGUUUGGGUUAAAUGUAUAAUGGACGAUUCUGAAAUACGAAAGUGUCUGAGAGAAGAAUUCGAAAAAGUACAACAUCAACAACAAACCACCUAA